GCCCAAUCUCAUCACAAACGCACGCGCACGCCGCCGUCGCCUCGCUGUAACCCUAGCCACCCCCGAAGCUUCUCGUCCUUCGCUUGGCGCUCCUUUCGGCGGCUGCGGGCGGCGCGGCUAGUCGGCGGCAACUCGACCCACAACCACCCCUUCCUACUUGUGGCGGCCCCCGCCUCCCUCCCUCGCACCGCACCUCCACUCCGCCUCCGCACCCAGGACGACCGAUCCCCCCUUCCCCACUCCACCAGGGCGGAUCUGAUCGCAAUCGGAUCCCCACCCGCAGCCCCCUUUCCCCCACCGCCGCCUACGCGUGGGGAGGGCGAGCCCGACGACGACGGAGGCGAGGGCCGACGACGGAGGCGAGGACGAGGAGGGAGAGCCCAUGCCGGCCGCCGGAGCCCGCCGCACGACGCGCGUCUUCAUGCCCAAGGCACCCAAGCCGCUGACCCAGGACCAGGCCGACCCCGCCACCAGGGUCCUGCGCUCCGGCAAGCGUCUCGCCGCCGACCGGAUCCGCUGGGACGCCAAGGACGCCCCCGCCUUCCACGUAGACGACGACCACGACAACGGCCAGCAGCACGACAAGGAUUGUCCCAAGCCGGAACUGCCGCCUCUCUCGAAGUCUUUCGGGAUCGUGUACAGCAGGAAGCGCCGCCGGAGGCUCCCCACCGAGGUCUCUGUCGAAGGGGAGGGCAGGAGGUUUGGGAUAGUGUACACCAGGAGGAGGGGAGAGCGAUCGAAGGUCGCCCCUCUCUGGCGGGAGCCGGAGCCGGACGCCCCCAACGACCUCGCCCCCGCGAUUCAGUACUCCUCCUGGGAGUUUGCGUCAAGAACUUGCUUCUUGGAUGCGCAUUUCUCGGCACUGGUGGAUGAUGCUGCCACUCAUGCCGGCCCUGUCACGCUCGCCGUCCUCGUUGAUACGUCUUGCUCUCGGAGCUCUCACCGGCUCCUGGGCCUUCUUCUACCUGUGCUGCGGUGGAUGCGUCGCAGCCGCCAGCGGGGCAAGGUCCGGAACCUAGCCUCUUUUGUCUCAUCUGUUGGCGUUGCCGCUGCAUUUGCGUCACACGGGUUGCACUUUGUCAAGCUCCAGCGCAGGAGAGCCUCUGCGUUGUUACAUAGGACUUUGGUGCAUUGUGGGUGGUGUGUGCUUUAUGGUGCCAAGAAAUCUGAACCGCUGUUGUCAGUCAAUUUCUCAGCGCUUCCUUCAUAUUUCCAGACCUUGCAUACCUUGGUAGCUCUUGAUUCCAUGUAUCUGUCAGCUGUGAUUCGGCAAAGCAGGCUGCUGGUUGCAGUAUCUGAAGAAAUCUAUCCUCACACUACUUUGGAUGUGGAUUCUGGGUCUCAGAGCACUGGGAUUGCCGAACCCACUGCUCACCUAGGCAGCAAUGAACCUCACAGAGUGGUUCAGGACUUCGUGACCCUUGAACAAGUUGCUGGAGUAGUGGUGCAUGGUCUGAGGUUAAAGAAGCAUCAAAGGAAGAGGAGCUCGAUGAGGCAUCCCCGAAAUCGGCAGCGGCCUAUGACAAGAUUACCUGACAAUGCAAUUGGGAUGAAGCAGAAAACAGCUGCCACCCAAGCAGAAGCGAAACUGCCAUCAACACAAGGACCUCCUGUGGAGCCUGUCCAACCUAAAGCAGCAUUAGAAAUCUCUCUUGAUUUCCUUGAAAACAUGGAUGAAAGUGAUGUUUCGACUCCCUUGGGAUCAACUAGGAAAAAGAGAUCUUUGAAGAGUCCUGUCGAGCGAAUGAAUGAAAGGCUGGCCUUGGCUGAGGUCAGACACAACAUAGAUUCUGUUCACUGCAAAGCGAACCUUUUAAUUCUUCAAGCUGAUAGGUGCUGGAGGGAAGAUGGUGCCGAAGUUAUGCUAGAACUAUCAGAUACCAAGGAGUGGUGUAUAGUUGUGAAGAUACAAGGAGUUACUAGAUACACCCUUAAACCUUCAGAUCCGAGGUUGAAUGGCAUUAACCGUUAUACUCAUGCCUGCAUGUGGGCAGUUGACGAUGCAUGGAAGCUUGAGUUCACAGAUAAGUGGGACUGGCUUUUAUUCAAAGAGUUGCAUGUUGUGGGUCGGGAGCGCAAUUCCCAGGGGAAGACAAUCCCAAUUCCUGGCGCACAUGAGGUUUCUGUUUACAUGGAAGGGAAUGUAACAGAUCCUUUCGCACGCCCUGUGCCAGACUAUAUCAGGAUGGUGGAUGAUGAAGUCGGGCGAGCUCUCUCGAGGGAUUCCAUUUAUGACAUGGACUCGGAGGAUGAACGGUGGCUCAUUCAGUUGAAUCAUGCAGAUUCUGAUCAAAAUAGCAUUCAACAGAAGCAUAUUUCUUACGAUGAUUUUGAAAAGAUAAUAAGCACGUUUGAAAAGGAUGCCUACAACAAUUCUGAAGGAACAAAUGAUGUGGGUGAGCUUCUUUCCAGAUGUCCUGCUUUAGGAAAGGAUGAUAAUGUGCUUGCUGUGUAUGAGUAUUGGACAAAUAAGAGGUCUAAGAGAGCUGCACCAUUGCUAAGGAUAUUUCAGGGUGCGCCGCUAAGGCGAGGACAACUAUCACAAAAGUCUGCUAUGAAGAGAAAGAGAUCUUUCAAGAGACAAAGAAGCCAAGCUGGCCGUGGAAAGGCUGAAGCCUUCUUGCAAGACGAUGCUGAAGAGGAGAUGGCUUUGCAGAGAGUUGCGCAAGUUGAACGUGUGGCAAAACAGGCUGUAGAAACAGCUGUUCGUCUGCGCAGUAGAGCUCAGUCUCUCAUGGCAAAUGCAGAGCUUGCAACAUACAAAUCUGUCAUGGCUCUCAGGAUUGCUGAGGCUGCUAGGAUAUCUGACUCUGCUCGGGAUAUUGUUUCUACUAUCCUCGACUAAGAAGAAUGUGGGCUGUUCACUUAUUCGUGUGGAUGGCAUGGGCAAUACUCCUUUUUUUCCUUUGGCUGCAUAAUCGCUGCAUCAUAUUGGCUUUUCGAUAAGCUGUGGGGCUUUUUUUUCCUCCUCUCCUGUCAACUUUGUCAAGCCAAUUUUGAGGCGGAUGCUUGAACUCAAAAACUGUAAUUUCUUGUAUAAAUGAAAGUAGGUAGCUAGAUUCUGUAUCUUAUAUGUACCGAUGUUUUGUAAGAGAUGACGAAAGAAAAGUAGAAAUGAAAAUACUGCAAGAGAGGAAGGGAAAUGUAGCAUCUGUUUGGGUCCCUUUUUGGCUUCA